GCAAUCUCAACGCCAGUCUAUGUUUAUAAUUUAUCCAAAAGGAUGCAGAAAGCUCGAUGCUUGUGUAGUUUGUUUUUAUUAACAUUGAUAGUUUUAUUAGGAAACUGGCUUGCCACAGAUGUUAACGCACAUUUGAAGCAGUUUCUCAAUCCAUGGAGAAGAUCUGAGCCAUCAAGAUUGAUACAAACAAGGAGAACCGCUUCUGGAACUGUCAUUAGUUAUAGACUGGAUAAGUGGUCUCAAUACGAUAAUCCUGAAGAAAGUGCAGAACAAGCAGAAGGAGAUAUACAUGUUUCGCGAAAAUCGAGAAAAACUAUUACGACGAAUAAAGCUUUAUUAUGGACCAAUGGUGUCGUCAAUUAUUACGUUCAUUCUUCCAUAGUUAAUGAACCGACGAAACUUGCUAUGCUGGAGAGUGCAUUGCAAACUAUAAUGUCAAAGACUUGUAUUAAAUUCGUACGCAUUCAAGAAUAUGAGAAACUUCCGGCAAACAAUUGGAUCAACAUUACGGGUCAUCAAAAGGGUUGUUUCUCCAAUUUAGGACGUAACGCAUAUAGACCUACAAACCUGAAUUUAAACGUGGAUGGCUGUUUCUAUUUAAUUGGACAUCCGAUACACGAAAUACUACAUGCUUUAGGUGUAAAUCACGAACACAUGAGACCAGAUCGCGACAAAUACGUCACUAUAAUAUGGGAAAACAUAGAAAAGGGGCAAGAAUACAAUUUCCACAAUCUGAAUAAAAAUAUCGCAACAGCUUAUGGAUUCCCGUAUGAUUACGAUAGCGUAAUGCAUUAUUCGAUGACUGCAUUCUCUAUAAAUAGAUCGAGUCCAACAAUAAUACCUACGGCUUCUCCUGUGGAAAUUGGCCAAAGAGAUCACAUAUCUUAUUAUGAUAUACAGAAAUUGUUAAUUGCUUAUAAUUGCAGUUCCAUGGAUACUAAAAAUAAAUCUAUACUUGAAACAGAAGUGAAACCGCAAAUUUCGCAACGAAUGUUUACCACAUAUAAUUCAAAAUCAAACAAAUUAGAAAAAAAUAGAAAGUACCCUAAAUCAGAGAAAUCAAUGAAUAGAUAUAAUCAAGUAACUUUUCCUAGAUCUAUACAUCAUAAUCAGCCUUAUAAUUAUCCUGUACCCUUAGAAUGA